GUGUACCAUACGCUGCACUGCACUGAACUGGGUUCCUGCCAACAAUACAUGGCCCAGCAGUGUCAACUCACUUCUCCCUUCCACCUCUUCCUCUUUUGUCCACUUCACUUUUCCACUACCAUUCACUCUUCUUUUUUAAAUGUUUUCACUUUAACCAAACAACAACAACCACCACCACUCCCCAGACCCCCCCAUACUACUAUUCUCACACUUCACUUAUCUCUCACCAAUGAGCACAAUCUAGCAACCACCACCAAACCUUACACACCAAUGGAUUCAGGAGGCAACUCUUCUUCAGAAGAGUCCUCACUUAAUGGCUUGAAAUUUGGCCAACGAAUCUAUUUCGAAGAUACAGCUCUUACUGCUGCUUCUGCUGCUGCUGCUAGUACUACCAUUGCUGCUGGUUCUCCUUCUUCUUCUGGUUCAAAGAAAGGAAGAGGUGGGUCAGUUCAACAUUCUCAACCACCUAGGUGUCAAGUUGAAGGAUGUAAACUAGAUCUGACUGAUGCUAAAGCUUACUAUUCUAGACACAAAGUUUGUAGCAUGCACUCUAAAUCCCCUACUGUUACUGUUUCUGGUCUUCAACAAAGGUUUUGUCAACAAUGUAGCAGAUUUCAUCAGCUUGCUGAGUUUGAUCAAGGAAAAAGAAGUUGUCGGAGACGACUAGCUGGUCAUAAUGAGCGUCGCAGAAAGCCCCCACCCAGCUCUCUCUUAACCUCACGUUUUGCCAGGCUUUCUUCGUCUGUUUUUGGUAACAGCGACAGAGGUGGCAGCUUUUUGAUGGAAUUUGCUUCAAAUCCGAAACAUAGUCUGAGGAAUUCACCCGGAAAUCAAACCACAGCAAUCGGUUGGCCUUGGCCGGGGAACACGGAGUCGCCAUCUAGCAACCUUUUCUUGCAAGGUUCGGUGGGUGGGACAAGCUUCCCUGGUGCCAGGCAUCCUCCCGAGGAAACUUACACUGGAGUCACAGAUUCAAACUGUGCUCUCUCUCUUCUGUCAAAUCAAACAUGGGGUUCUCAAAACACAGAACCAAGUCCUGGAUUGAAUAACAUGCUGAAUUUCAACGGGACACCCAUGACACAACUUGGUACAUCUUCUCAUGGUGUAGCCAUGCAUCAAAUUCCAAACAAUUACGAGGUUGUCCCUGAUCUUGGUCGGGGUCACAUUUUGCAUCCUCUUGGUAGCCAACACUCUGGCGAGCUUGAUCUGUUGCAGCAGGGAAGGAGGCAUUAUAUGGAUGUAGAACAUUCCAGGGCCUAUGAAUCUUCUCAGUGGUCACUGUAAUGCACUUGUUUGCUUUCAGGUUUGUAAUAACAUGUUUCACAAAUAUUUGAACUCAGGAAAAUGAGAAGUGAACUAGGGCAUGCUUGAUGCUAUUUCUUGUUUUUGUUUGUUUAAACUGUUUGGCAAGGUGGGCCUAGCUUUGCUUCAUUUGUGGAACUUUCAGUAACUUUUUUAAUGAUUGCUAAGUGAGAGGGCAUCCACUUCGUGGUUUGUUAUCUCUUCCCAGUUAUUUGA